UAAUUCCAAAUGGUUUAAUAUUAAAUCGAAUCGAAAAAUUAGCUCAGCAGGUUGUUGAAGAUAUUGAUGGCCCAUUAGUUUUGCUUUGCGUGUUAAAAGGUGGCCAUCAAGUUUUUUCGGAUUUGUCAAAUUACAUUAAAAAAAUCAACACGAACAGCUCCACGCCGUUGCCCCUUCGGUUUGAAUUUAUUAAAGUAAAAAGCUAUGAAAACGACUCGUCCUCAGGUUCUGUUUUGAUUCGCGGUUUGGAUAUGGAGGAAGUCCGCAGUAAACAUGUAUUGAUCGUCGAGGAUAUUGUUGAUACUGGACGUUCCAUUCAAUCACUUAUUCAAACGCUCAGCCAAUACAAUCCGGCAACCUUAAAAACUUUUAGCCUAUUGGUUAAAAGAGCCCCACUUAGCUGCGGAUACCGGCCUGACUACGUCGGCUUUGAAAUUCCGAACGAAUUUGUUGUUGGUUAUUGUCUUGAUUAUAAUGACACGUUUCGAGAUUUGGACCACAUCUGCGUUAUAAGUGAAACGGGGAAACAAAAAUACAAACAAUAA